CUGUCCCCAGCGAGUUCCGUUUCACGGCCGAUGUCCCCGUCUGGCUGGAUUACCGCGGCAAGCGCGUCACCAUGGAGCAGGGUGCCCUGGCCGGGAUCCUGAUCGGGCUCGCGCGGCUCAACUGCUCCCAACUGCGGCUGAAGAGACUCUGCCACCGCCAGGGGCUGUUGGGUCUCAGCCGUGUCGUGUCCUACGCGGUGUCCGAGUGGCUCCGGGACAUUCGGUGUCACCAACUGCCGGGGCUGCUGGGGGGGGUGGCACCAGUGCACGCCGUGCUGCGGCUCUGGCGGGCUCUCCGGGACCUGCUGCUGCUGCCGGUGCUGGGGGGGGGUCCCGGGGGGGUGACCCUGGGGGUGACCCGGGGGGUGACGCGCGGUGUCACCGCCCUCGGGGCCGCCUCGGCCAGCGCCGCCAUCGGGCUGGGGACGAGGCUGCUGCGAGCGCUGCAGGCUCUGGCCGAGGCUCUUUAUGGACUCGUGGCCCCCCCGGGACCCCCCCGGCCCCUCCCGGAGCCCCCGGAACGGCACCAGCGGCUCCCAGGCCCCCCCGGAGCGAGGAGCCGCCCCUCCCCCACCCCGGGCACGGCGGGCGCCCCUCCCCCACAAUAAACUGGGAGAGACUGG